AUGGGGUGGCAAACCACGAGCACAUGCUCAAAACCGCAAAAGCCAGUGACGCAGACAACUUUGAGCCAUGCAUACAAGAAGCUUUGCGAGGAUUUGCAGUCGUCGAUUUCCAAGUGGAGUGGCUUCAGUUAUCUCGCUACCGUCAUGGUCAAGUGGAGUGCAGAAGGCGAGGAGCCUUCACGCGGCCGUCGGAGCUGGGCGUUGCUGCUCCUCGUGCCUCUUGUGGCUGUGGGACUUUUUACUCUAAUUGUGGAGACAACGUCGCUGCUCGGACCACCGGGCGAUAAACUACUCGGUCUGCAUCGCGCAAUCGGCUUGACAUGGCGCCACCGCUUCAGCUACUACUUAUCGCCCGACGAGGUCGUUCCAGAUGAAGACCUACUGCACCUAAGUUUACUACACGAAGUGUGCAUUACCGACACCAAUACUUCGGUUCCAUGGCAGUUCGGUUCACCUGGAAACCAAGCUGUAGGAGGAACAGCCAAUAACUCCCAUGUCCUGAUGCACAAGAACGACAAGGAUCUACUCCAGAAGCUUCGUCAGUGUCCGAGUGUCGACGUUUACCUGCCGCAUAACAUGCAUACCAACGGCUAUUGCGAGGACGCUGUCGCCUUUGUCAAAUAUCUGGAAUCUCGACUGCUGCCUGGGUGGAUUCUAGAGACCAAGUUCUUUGACACUGAUUUGGGGCGUGAAGUGGAUUAUUUCGACUUGUGUCCUAAAACACCCAUGCUUUUCCUGGAUCAUCAUUGGGGUGGAGUGACGGUAUCACCACGAUGGCCGAAAGAAAAACCCAUUUACAUGGUUCCCAACAUCGAAAUAGUUGAACUAACUCCAAUGCACUACUGGGGAGUUGAUGCAGUGCUAUGCAAGACAAACGAAUGCUACGAUCGAGUGACGAAAUGGUACGAACAAGAGGGCAAUCCACGCAACGCCAAGGUGUUUUAUACAAAACACACGUCAACAGAUCCGGGUUUAUUCGUCCGCAAGCGCUUGGGCGAAUACGCUGUGGCAGAUAAGGAUUUCUCCGAAAUCAAAAUGCUGCAUACAGCAGGUAUCAGCACUACGAAAGGAACAAGAGAAGUUCUAGAGUGCUGGACGUACACUGCAGGUUUACCGCCACUCGACGUAUACAUUGACCGCAAGCCGUUCUAUCGCUUGUUUCCGGCCUCAUACAAACUGAAGAUCGCGCGAAGUCUCAGUCCUGUGAGUAUCCACCUGGGUAUGAUGAAUCGCAUGAAUUACAGCAAAGUCGUUGCAGACGCCUCGUUUAUUGUAAACCCAAGCUAUAGUGAAGGCUAUGGGCACAUUAUCAACCAGGCGCGAGCGUCGGGCGCUGUUGUUAUAACCAACGAUGUACCUCCGAUGAAUGAGAUGAUUAUAGCAAAUGAGUCGGGGAUAUUGGUAUCGGUGAAACGUGAGAAGCAUCCGAUGGUUGUGCUAGGCGGCAAAUACAAAGGAGAGCAUGGAUUAAAAGGUUUUGGAGGACUUGUGGCUGCCUUUGAAAGCUCCGACGUGUGCCAAGCUGUUCACCGAUUAAUGUGGUUAACCACGCCUGGAGAUCGUGCUGAAAUGGGUCUGAACGCCCGUCGACAAUACCAUUCAGAUACGAAAUACUUUGCCAGUGCAAUGCAGGAAGUACGAGAAUAUGCCAAGAAAUAA